AUGUGUCGUGUUACUGCAGUAAACAAGGAUCACGACCAAGCAUGCCGACCCCCUAUGUGUCGUGUUACUGCAGUAAACAAGGAUCAUGAUCAAGCAUGCCGACCCCCUAUGUGUCGUGUUACUGCAGUAAACAGGGAUCACGACCAAGCAUGCCGACCCUCUAUGUGUCGUGUUACUGCAGUAAACAGGGAUCACGAUCAAGCAUGCGAACCCCCUAUGUGUCGUGUUACUGCAGUAAACAAGGAUCACGAUCAAGCAUGCGAACCCCCUAUGUGUCGUGUUACUGCUGUAAACAGGGAUCACGAUCAAGCAUGCGAACCCCCUAUGUGUCGUGUUACUGCUGUAAACAGGGAUCACGACCAAGCAUGCCGACCCUCUAUGUGUCGUGUUACUGCUGUAAACAGGGAUCACGACCAAGCAUGCCGACCCUCUAUGUGUCGUGUUACUGCUGUAAACAGGGAUCACGAUCAAGCAUGCGAACCCCCUAUGUGUCGUGUUACUGCUGUAAACAGGGAUCACGAUCAAGCAUGCGAACCCUCUAUGUGUCGUGUUACUGCUGUAAACAGGGAUCACGAUCAAGCAUGCCGACCCCCUAUGUGUCGUGUUACUGCAGUAAACAGGGAUCAUGACCAAGCAUGCCGACCCUCUAUGUGUCGUGUUACUGCUGUAAACAGGGAUCACGAUCAAGCAUGCCGACCCUCUAUGUGUCGUGUUACUGCAGUAAACAGGGAUCACGAUCAAGCAUGCGAACCCCCUAUGUGUCGUGUUACUGCUGUAAACAGGAAUCACGAUCAAGCAUGCCGACCCCCUAUGUGUCGUGUUACUGCUGUAAACAGGAAUCACGACCAAGCAUGCGAACCCCCUAUGUGUCGUGUUACUGCAGUAAACAAGGAUCACGAUCAAGCAUGCCGACCCCCUAUGUGUCGUGUUACUGCUGUAAACAGGGAUCACGACCAAGCAUGCCGACCCUCUAUGUGUCGUGUUACUGCAGUAAACAAGGAUCACGAUCAAGCAUGCCGACCCUCUAUGUGUUGUUCCAGAUAA